AGCAAAGUGGCUCAUGGCUUUAUCAUUAAUCUAAUAAUCUAUUCCCGAAGACGUAAUAUGUUUUGUCUCUAUAUAUACUCCCACACCCAUGCCUCUUUCCUCUCAUCUUUCUCAUUCGUCUCAAUACCCACCAACGCUCCUUUCUUCUCUCUGAUUCUCUCUGUUCCGCCAUUGAAGCUCUGUUACCAAAGCUCUUAAUUACGCACUCACAGCUUUCAUACACAAAGAAUAGCCAAAACCCACUCCUCAAAUACUCCUGAUUUCGGCAGCUAAGAAAUACCACUUUCUCGAUCAGUUAAGAUGGCCCUAGAGCAGCACUUUCCAGAGGCUAUGAUUCAAAAUGACUCCAUUGGACAAGAUAAAUGUUCCUUAGAAAAAUGGAACUCUGUUUCUGAUGAAGUCACAGACUCUGAAAACAAAUCCUGUGGUAACUUCGACUGCAGCAUAUGCUUAGACUCUGUGCACGAACCAGUAGUCACCCUCUGCGGCCACCUCUUCUGCUGGCCUUGCAUAUACAAGUGGCUUCAGUUCCAGAGCCCGUCUUCGGAAUACCAAGAUGAGCAAAAACAGCCGCAGUGCCCUGUAUGCAAAGCUGAAGUCAAUGAAUCUUCUCUAGUCCCACUCUACGGUCGGGGCCAAACGACAAAGCCUACAAAGCCCUCCAAAGGCAAGGCUUCCCAUCUUGGUAUAGUCAUUCCGCGAAGGCCUUUUCGUCCUUGCGGGGUUGACACACCACGAACAGCCGGUACCCCCACCAGUCCAUACGUUACUCCUCAACUCCAUCAUCGGAGUUCUCCCUACAGUUCACAACUAAACACUCCACAACAAGGCAGUAACACUGCUUUACCGAUGCAAAGCCCUGUUGGCACCACCACAAUGAAUCCAGUAGUUGGAAUGUUCGGCGAAAUGGUAUACGCAAGGGUCUUUGGUAACUCAAUGACAAACUUAUACACUUAUUCAAAUUCGUACAAUCUUGCCGGGAGCGGUAGUCCAAGGGUUAGAAGGCAUGUAAUGCAGGCUGAUAGGUCGCUCAGCAGAAUAUGUUUUUUCCUCUUCUGUUGCUUUAUGUUGUGCCUUCUUUUGUUCUGAGCACAAUUGUAGCUCCAUCCCCUACUCAUUGUAUACCUGUAAAAUUGAGUAUAAGAAAUAUGAAAGGCGCGCGGAUUCAACCA